AUGGACGUCCUUAUCUGUAGCGGACUAGCUGUCCUAGAACUACUUACGUUCCAAUCCAGUUGGGAACUUGACAGUCCAUCGAUAUUUAAGAGAUUUUUUGGUCUUAUUUUCAUACAAUACGCUUGCUUAAAGUUCCAUCGCAUCGUGAUUUACCCGAACUUCUUCUCGACACUUAGACAUUUACCAGGACCGAAGGAUCACAAUCUACUUCUCGGGCAGGAAGCUAAAAAGUUCAAAGCCGACGGCCCAGCCGCUGUUCAGCUACAAUGGAUGCGUACAUGGCCAGACGCGCCGUUUAUCAGGUACAUCUCGUUUGCCGGCAAGGAGGUUCUACUAGCAAACAGCUUAGCCGCCCAUAAAGCUGUUCUCCAGACUCACGUCUAUGAUUUCGUUAAGCCGCCCUUUUUCGCGCGGCUGGUCGGAGAGAUCACAGGCGUAGGUCUGCUGUUCUCGGAAGGGGAGGCUCACAAGCGAGAACGAAGGUUGCUAGCGGGCCCGUUCUCAGUCCCCAGCAUGAGAAAGCUUCUGCCUGUCUUUCGGACGAAAGCGAGAGCCCUUUCACAUGUUUUCGAAGAGCUGCUCGCAGAGAAGCAAUAUGCUACUUUGGAAGCGAUCGAGACUUUUUCCAAGUCAACCAUGGAUACAAUAGGGGUAACGGUGCUAGGGAUCGAAUUAGACACUAUUUCCUCAAUGUACCCUCUAGGUUUCCUGGAACUUUAUAAUCGCGUACUUCAUCAAGGGUUCCUAGGUCAACUUAUUUGGGUCAUUAAUGCAUUCCUUCCUAUCCGAAGCAUCAUUCCCCUAGAAGCAAAUCGUAAAUUCAUCCAAACCACUGCCGAUUUGAGAAAGAUGCUACGGGAGAUUAUCCAGCAACGUACGACGGACCUCGCAAAUGAAACCUUUAAAAGAGAAAAUGGAGAAUCUAGGGACCUUCUAACGUAUAUGUUGGAAGAAGCUGAACUACGAAGGCAGGAGACAGGGAAAGAGAUUUGGUCUAUAAACGACAUAAUUGGCCAUCUUCUCAAUUUCACAUCUGCAGGUCAUGAGAGUACGGCGACUACCUUAGCCUGGUCUCUCUACGUUCUCGCAACCCACCCUGCGAUACAAGAUCGGCUACGGUUGGAGAUCACCUCUCUGUUAGAAACCGACCAAGAACCAGACUACGACUCGAUUUCUGCUCUACCUUAUCUGCACAAUUUCGUUAGGGAAGUACUUCGUGUUUAUCCUCCAUCAUAUAUGGCUCAGCGCGAAGCUACCCGGGACCUUGUAAUAGAGGGCGUAUCCAUACCCAAAGGCACACAGAUCGACUUAAACAUCCCCCUGGUCCACCAGCACCCGCUAAUCUGGGGUCCCGACGCCCCGCAAUUUGACCCAGACCGUUGGGACCGAUUAUCGGGCGACGCAGCCACGCCAUUCGCGUUCGAAGCCUUCCUCCAGGGCCCGCGAACUUGUCCCGGCCGUAACUUCGCCCUUGUUGAAGUUAAAACCUUUCUCGUCGAGUUAGUACCGCGAUGGCACUUCCACGGCAUCGAGCGGCGGGGCGGAGAGCUGUUGGCUUCGGGAGAAGAGCGUCUGGGUAAGGGUGUGAAAUUGGCGAAUCCGAGCUUAACUUAUAGACCAGCUGACGAGUUGCUAGUUAGGUUUGGGCGUGUUAAGAAGCUGCAUUAGGGGUGGGAGCGCGGGGUACAAUCUUAUACUUCUUAUUAGCGCAUCUACUUUUUGUUGCUUUAAGACAGAUUAAAGCAAAGUCAUGAUUUGAGAGUAUUUAAUAAUUAACUAAGCUAUUACUUAAAGUUAAUCAAGAAAAUAUAAGGUAC